CCCAAAGGGCAAUUCCACCAAAUAAAAAUCUAGUCUGAAACCCUAAUUCUCGCAGCCUCAAGCUUAUAUCAGAACCUUUUCCUCCUAUAAACCUUUCCACCACCUCUCUGUAGCCACCGAGUAGUGCCUCACCGAGUCUCCUCGCGCGGCUUCCUCGCCCUCACCGAGAAAAGUUAAUUCUCUGAAAUGGGUCGUGUUCGAACCAAGACUGUGAAGAAGUCUUCACGCCAGGUGAUUGAGAGGUACUACUCUAAGAUGACCUUGGACUUCCACACCAACAAGAAGAUCUUGGAGGAGGUUGCCAUCAUCCCCUCAAAGAGGCUCCGCAACAAGAUUGCUGGCUUCUCUACCCACCUGAUGAAGCGGAUUCAGAAGGGUCCAGUGCGUGGCAUCUCACUGAAGCUGCAAGAAGAAGAGCGGGAGCGUCGUAUGGACUUUGUUCCAGAUGAGUCUGCAAUUAAAACUGAUGAAAUUAAGGUUGAUAAGGAGACCCUUGAUAUGCUUGCUGCUCUUGGUAUGUCUGAUAUCCCUGGGCUUGUUGAAGCGGAGCUACAGCCUGUUGUUCCUGCACAGGUGUUUGGUCGUGGUGCAGGUGGUGCUCCUCGGAGGUACUGAGAUGGUUGAGUCUCUGUUCUUUUAAGAAUCAAUCUCUUUAACUUUUAUUGAAGUACUGGAUUCUUUUUGGUUAGUUUUGAUGUUUUGUUAUAGUGGCAAGGUAUUCAGAUUGUUAGUUUUGAUCAUAACCGAGUGUUUAGAUGUUUUUGAACUUGGAAGAUGGUGCCCCCUAAUAUAAUUACUUGAGAUCCUAA